AUGCGCCGCAGGGCCGGCGGGGCGGCAGCAGUGCGCGUGCGCCGGGGCCGCUGUGGGGAGAGGCUGGGGUGGGGCAGGAAGUAUCUCAUUGCAACCACCUCCCAAACUUUAAUCCAGAAAAGUGGGUCAAGCACUGUUCAUUCUGCUGUAGACAGCCAGAACCAGUGUCUAGAGCUUGUCAUUGAAAAGAGUUUGGAUGUCAACACUCUCUUGUCUGAACACAUAACUUCAAAUACUUAUGAUGACAGAAGAGAGACUGCACUUUGUUGUGCUGUUUAUAAUAAUGAGAUUCUUUGCACCAAAAUAUUGCUCAAAGCAGGAACAAAUCCAAACAAGGAUCCUUUAAACUGUGUUCUCAUAACAGUGAGAGCUGACAGGCAUGGAAUUGUAAAGCAAUUCCUAUCUUAUGGAGCAGAUGUCAACUGCUAAUUUUGUUGCUUAAUAUAUGCAUUUCCCCACUGCAUUUGGUAUUCUUUGAAUGGUGACGUUAUGCUGAGGCUGUUGCUCAGUCAUGGAUAUAAUGUGGAGAUGUGUUUGGACUUUAUGUGUCAGGGUAUCUUUGGAAAUUCUUUUGUGUGGCCAGCUCCAGAGCUCGAGCCUAUUCCCAGUUGGACUACUUCUUCAAUAAAUAAUAAUCAGUUCAGUGAGUUUAUUGCUGUUCCAUGAUUGAGACAUUUAGCUGGAAAGGGGCUUGUGUUUUUUGUAAAUUACACAGAUUAUGUGCCUCUAAGCACAAGAAUUCAGUUUUUCAUAGAAACACAGAAAAAAUGA